AUGACAAAGCUGAUCCUCUCUACCAGCAAUGUCAUGUCCGCCGGUCCUACGGUGAUCCGCAAGUCCAAGUCGGCCGGCACCCGCUCCAACCUCGAACUCGUCAACUCGCUCCGCGAAAACUUUGUGGCCGCCAAACUCGACUACGCGACGUUUCCUCCCCAGACCAAUGGUCACGUCCCGACCCCGAUUCCCCCAGCGAUCGAAGUAUGGACUGAGAAGACGGCGGACGCCAAGAGCGGCGGCGGCGGCGGCAGCGUCUUCAUCCCGCGCAUCAACUGGGAGGGCGCGGGUCUGCUGGACGAGGCGAGCCAGUACGAAAUCACCGUCAAGCUCUUCUUCCUGCCACCCGCCGCGCCCGCCGCCCACGGUGGGACAGCCGGCCUGACCGCCGAGCGCGCGCGCUACAUCGAAGAUGCGCUGAGCCUGGUAACGCGCGAACUCGGCGUCGCGACCAUUGACCUGCUUGUCGCAUCGUUCCCUGGCAUGUCCUUUGAGGGCACCUGCGAGUGGGAGGCCGACAAGCGCAACGCACAGCAGGGCAACCUCGACGACGAGGUGGCGACGUGGCGCGUCCUCGAGACGCUGCAGCAGCAGGGCCGCGUGCGGCAGCUCGGCGUCGCCGAGUUUGGCAGCGAGAAGCUCGCCGCCUUCAUGGCCGCCACCACCGUCCGCCCCGCCGUCGACCAGAUCAACCUCAAGGACUGCUGCAACGUGCCGCCGCCCCUCAAGCAGCUCGCCACGCAGCACGGCAUCGAGCUCAACGUCCACUCCGACUGCACAGACAUCCUGCCCCCGGGCACCCUGCGGCAGCUGCUUGGCCACGGGCCCCAGGGCGCCGGCAUCCUCGCCGACCCGGAGCACCCCGUCGGCGAGGCCGGCUGGGAGGGCGAGAUUGUGCCGCAGUGGGUGGUGCGCUACGUAGCGUUUGUGCGAGAUCGCGGCGUCAUCGAGAACAAGGGCUACUUUGCCGGCGCGGAGCUGGUCAACUAA